AUGGCGGAAAACAAAGGCGGCGGCGAGGCCGAGAGCGGCGGCGGGGGCAGCGGCAGCGCGCCGGUAACUGCCGGGGGCGCCGGGCCCGCGGCGCAGGAGGCGGAGCCGCCUCUCGCCGCGGUGCUGGUGGACGAGGAGGAGGAGGAGGAAGGCGGCAGGGCUGGCGCGGAGGGCGGCGCGGCCGGGCCCGACGACGGGGGGGUGGCCGCGGCCUCGUCGGGCCCGGCCCCGGCAGCCUCAGCCCCUGCGGCCUCCGCGGGCCCCGGAGUGCCCGGGGGCGCAGUGUCGACGCCGGCCCCGGCUCCCUCGUCGGCUCCCGCUCCGGGUCCGUCGUCGGGGCCGCCUCCCGGGCCGCCAGCCUCGCUGCUGGACACCUGCGCCGUGUGUCAGCAGAGCUUGCAGAGCCGGCGCGAGGCGGAGCCCAAGCUGCUGCCCUGCCUGCACUCCUUCUGCCUGCGCUGCCUGCCGGAGCCCGAGCGCCAGCUCAGCGUGCCCAUCCCCGGGGGCAGCAACGGCGACAUCCAGCAAGUUGGUGUCAUAAGGUGUCCAGUAUGCCGUCAGGAAUGCAGACAGAUAGACCUCGUGGAUAAUUAUUUUGUGAAAGAUACAUCUGAAGCCCCUAGCAGUUCUGAUGAGAAAUCAGAACAGGUAUGUACUAGUUGUGAGGACAAUGCAAGUGCCGUUGGCUUUUGUGUAGAAUGUGGAGAGUGGCUAUGUAAGACAUGCAUUGAAGCACAUCAAAGAGUAAAAUUCACGAAAGAUCACUUGAUCAGGAAAAAAGAAGAUGUUUCAGAGUCUGUUGGAACGUCUGGUCAGCGCCCUGUUUUUUGCCCUGUACACAAACAGGAACAAUUGAAACUUUUCUGUGAAACAUGUGACAGACUGACAUGUAGAGACUGUCAGUUACUGGAGCACAAGGAACACAGGUAUCAGUUUUUGGAAGAAGCUUUUCAAAAUCAGAAAGGUGCCAUUGAGAAUCUGUUGGCUAAGCUUCUUGAAAAGAAGAAUUAUGUUCAUUUUGCAGCUACUCAGGUGCAGAAUAGGAUAAAAGAAGUAAAUGAGACUAACAAACGAGUAGAACAGGAAAUUAAAGUGGCCAUUUUCACCCUUAUCAAUGAAAUUAAUAAGAAAGGAAAAUCUCUCUUACAGCAGCUAGAGAAUGUUACAAAAGAACGACAGAUGAAGCUACUGCAGCAACAGAAUGACAUCACGGGCCUCUCCCGGCAAGUGAAGCAUGUAAUGAACUUCACCAACUGGGCAAUUGCAAGUGGUAGCAGCACAGCACUGCUCUACAGCAAGCGGCUGAUUACAUUUCAGCUGCGUCAUAUUUUGAAAGCACGCUGUGAUCCUGUUCCUGCUGCCAAUGGAGCAAUUCGUUUCCAUUGUGAUCCUACCUUCUGGGCAAAGAAUGUAGUCAAUUUAGGUAAUCUAGUAAUAGAGAGUAAACCAGCCCCUGGUUAUACUCCUAACGUUGUAGUUGGGCAAGUUCCUCCAGGAACAAACCACAUUAGUAAAACCCCUGGACAGAUUAACUUAGCACAGCUUCGACUGCAGCACAUGCAACAACAAGUGUACGCGCAGAAGCAUCAACAGUUACAGCAGAUGAGGAUGCAGCAGCCUCCAGCUCCUGUACCAACCACCACCACCACAACACAGCAGCCACACCCCAGACAAGCAGCCCCACAGAUGCUCCAACAGCAGCCUCCAAGAUUGAUCAGUGUGCAAGCAAUGCAAAGAAACAACAUGAACUGUGGGGCAUUUCAGGCCCAUCAAAUGAGACUGGCUCAGAAUGCUCCACGAAUACCAGGGAUACCCAGACACAGCGGCCCUCAGUAUUCCAUGAUGCAGCCUCAUCUCCAAAGACAACAUUCAAACCCAGGGCACGCUGGACCCUUUCCUGUCGUAUCGGUACACAACAACCCAAUCAACCCAACAAGCCCUACUACAGCAACUAUGGCAAAUGCAAACCGAGGUCCCACCAGCCCAUCUGUUACAGCAAUAGAACUAAUCCCCUCAGUCACCAAUCCAGAAAACCUUCCAUCGUUGCCAGAUAUUCCACCUAUACAGUUGGAAGAUGCUGGCUCAAGUAGCUUAGAUAAUCUACUAAGUAGAUACAUCUCAGGCAGUCAUCUACCCCCACAGCCUACAAGCACCAUGAAUCCUUCCCCAGGGCCCUCUGCUUUAUCUCCGGGAUCUUCAGGUUUAUCCAAUUCUCACACACCUGUGAGACCACCUAGUACAUCCAGUACUGGCAGUCGAGGCAGCUGUGGGUCAUCAGGAAGAACUGCUGAGAAGACAGGUCUUAAUUUCAAAUCUGAUCAAGUGAAGGUCAAGCAAGAACCUGGAACAGAAGAUGAAAUAUGUAGCUUUUCAGGAGCUGUGAAACAAGAAAAGACAGAAGAUGGCAGGAGGAGUGCCUGCAUGUUGAGCAGUCCUGAGAGUAGCUUGACACCACCUCUCUCAACCAACCUGCAUCUAGAGAGUGAGUUGGAUACAUUAGCAAGUCUGGAGAACCAUGUGAAAACUGAACCUACAGAUAUGAAUGAAAGCUGCAAACAGUCAGGGCUCGGCAGCCUAGUUAAUGGAAAAUCUCCAGUUAGAAGCCUUAUGCACAGGUCGGCAAGGAUUGGAGGGGACGGCAAUAACAAAGAUGAUGACCCAAAUGAAGACUGGUGUGCUGUCUGCCAAAAUGGAGGAGAUCUUUUGUGCUGUGAAAAAUGUCCAAAGGUCUUUCAUCUAACUUGUCAUGUUCCAACACUUCUUAGCUUUCCAAGUGGGGACUGGAUAUGCACAUUUUGCAGAGAUAUUGGAAAGCCAGAAGUUGAAUAUGAUUGCGAUAAUUUGCAACACAGUAAGAAGGGAAAAACUGCACAGGGCUUAAGCCCUGUGGACCAAAGGAAAUGUGAACGUCUUCUGCUUUACCUCUAUUGCCAUGAAUUAAGUAUUGAAUUCCAGGAGCCUGUCCCUGCUUCGAUACCAAACUAUUAUAAAAUUAUAAAGAAACCAAUGGAUUUAUCCACCGUGAAAAAGAAGCUUCAGAAAAAACAUUCCCAACAUUACCAAAUCCCAGAUGAUUUUGUGGCUGAUGUCCGUUUGAUCUUCAAGAACUGUGAAAGGUUUAAUGAAAUGAUGAAAGUUGUUCAAGUUUAUGCAGACACACAAGAGAUUAAUUUGAAGGCUGAUUCAGAAGUAGCUCAGGCAGGGAAAGCAGUUGCAUUGUACUUUGAAGAUAAACUCACAGAGAUCUACUCAGACAGGACCUUCGCACCUUUGCCAGAGUUUGAACAGGAAGAGGAUGAUGGUGAGGUAACAGAGGACUCUGAUGAAGACUUUGUACAACCCCGCCGAAAACGUCUAAAGUCAGAUGAGAGACCUGUGCAUAUAAAGUAAAAUGACGUGGACACAAAUCUAUUGUUUUAAAAAAGGAAGAAAGAACAGAAGAAAAAAAAAGCCUCUCUUUUAUUUAAAUGUCACCAGAAUAUCCUGCCUACAGUGGGUCCUCCUUAAAGAAACAGAUAGAUUUUAUACAGUAUUAGAUUAUAAUAAUGGACACAAAAACAUUCUUAUCAAGAAGGGGGGAAGAACUUAAAGAACAGAAUCAAAAGUGAAGUGAUUUGAGGAUUUGUUGUGAAUGAAGAUGGCUCUCUGAUCAGAAAUGGCAAACUUAGAUGAUCAUGGGUGUUAAUUAACACAGGAUACUGAGUAUUCAAGCUGGUAUACAAAGGCUUGUGUUACUUAGUGUGCCCAGGUACUAAAACAACUUUUAAGCCUCCCCUUCACAUGCUGGGUUUUUAGUGAAAAGUCAGAGUAGCUCAGAUUCUCCUUGACUGUCAGUAUAGAAAUGCAUCAAAUCAUGCUACUGUAUAUUCUCUCAUUUUGAUUCUAUUGGGCCUUAGUUUUUCAAUUGAUGCAAAGAACUCAACAUUAGUUUUAUUGUCUGGUCCUUCAUAGGGUCAGGAACAUGACCAUUGAUCAUUGAAUCAACUUCACUGGUGUACUGAAGUGACUAUGCGAACUUUCCAGUAGUGGAUCAUACAAAUUUAUAGUAGCCAUUUCCAGAAAGCCUUUCUAAAUGAUCUCACUUCCCAAUCAUUUUAUUUUAGUUACUCCCUUGAAAGGCAGAGCAUUUAUUCAAAAUUAUCUAACUUUCUGUACAUGUAAACUUGAGAAGGUGACAACUGGCUCUUACCCAGUCUUCCUUCCUAUCAGUUUCCAGUAGACCACUAUUGGCAAACACUGUCUGUCAGCUACCAAAUGUGUACAAUUUUCUGUAUUUCACUUUGUCUUAUUUGUAAAUAGUAAACUAAGACUUCUGGCAGAUCAGCAACAUUUGCUGAGCCUGUUUUUUAAGCUAAUGUGUAUUCUUACUAAUGUUCCUAUCAAGAAUGGAUUUGUAAUAUAUGCUGUCUAUUUCUAAUGUUCACAUUCAUAUUUUGAGGUUCUAUCUUAUUUUAAUAGAGAACAGACUUCUCAAAAAUCUUCAGAAGCAGCUUAUUAUUGAAAUAUCAAAAUAUUGAAAUAAACCCGGUGGGGUUAGAUUACUCAUCUGUCCACCAAGUGGGACAUGUGCAUGGACUGGGGGCUUUAAGUGACUUAGAAGAGACCUAUAAGUAAAUCCUGAAAAUGAGCCAAUACCCACUUGAAUGACUUUCGGAGUAAACCCACCUUUCCUACCUGAUGACAGUACCUGACGCAGAUAAACCAAGUUGGCUCCAGUUCGUUUUCCUUCUCUUCAUGUGAUGCUCAGAUACAUAUGUGUUCUAGACUGUGUACAGGCUUCUCUUUUGUUGGAUUACAAAUUUUAGUCCUACUUUUGUAUGGACACAUUAGAAUAUAAAGUGACCAAAUUAGAAAGACUUUGCCGUUAGAUGUUUUUCAGACAUCAGCAGAUUUAUGGCAGAUCAUUUGCCUUUUAAAAAUUCACCUUAAGCAGUUCAUACUAUAGACUCCUCAGAAAAUUAUCUGACGUAAUUGUCUAAGAAGUAAAUAUUUUUAGUGCAUAUUAAAUCAAAUAAAGUGCUCUAAAGAAAUUACUAUACAGAUUCCUUUGGGUUGUUGUUCUUUUUUAUCAUGGGUUGGGGUAAGCACGGAAGUGACUCAGGCCUUCUGGUGCCAUGUGUAGACAGUGUGGAUUUAUUUAUACUGCUUUAUACCCAGCCUCGGGUUAGCUGCUCUUUUUCUUUUGUUAUGUCAAUCUUUCAAAAAUAUUCCAGGCUGAUUAUCAUUUCACUCAAGUUUCAAGAACAGUUUUUGUGAGGAGGAGAAAAAUCAUGCAAAAAAUGUUUUAAUCUUUACCUAUUUCCCUCUUUUCAACAAUAUCUACAAUUUAAUUUGUAAGUAGACAUAUCUAAAUCUAAGGGCGCAUUUUGGGGAUGUUAGGAGUAAGAAUAUGAAUUUAUUCUGUCAUACCUUUGAGUUCUAAUAUUUGUAUUUACAGAUAGGAAUCCAUUUCCGAAAUUAUGAGGUCCAGGUGUGAUCCCAGCACUCAGGAGGCAGAAGUAGGAGGAUCAAUGAGAGGUCGAGGCCAGCUGGGACUAUGGAGUGAGUUCCAGGUCAGCAUGAGCUAGAGUGAGACCUUACCUCAAAAACAAACAAACAAAUAUUACUAGGUAGUUAAGUCAUAAAUAAGCUCUGCAAAGUGGGGGCAGAAACAAAAUUUUAAAUAACUAUGUAUUAAUAUUUGGAGUUCUAAGAGAUACUAUGUUCCUUUAAAGCUAUUGUCAUGUUAGAUGGGGGCUUUGUUUCUUUUAAUGUAAGAUAGUCAAUCUAAAAGCUACCUUAUUUAAUAGAUUCUAUUUCUGUUAGCAAAUGAUAGUCCUACUGCUGAGAUGUUAUUACUAAAGUAAUAGCGCUCAACAGACUACCAUUAAAUUUUAGUCACUUUAAGUUUUAUUAAAUCUUUUGUUUGCACACUGAUCAUUGUUUUUAAGCUAUUUUGUUUAAACUUUAACAUAAAUAUGGUUUAAAAGUAUAAAAGUUUAAGUUGAUACUCAGUUAUCUUAUUUUUUUGUUUAUAUUUUAAAAAAUGGAGUAUCUAUUAAUUCCUAACUGUAGUUUUGAUACUCUCAUAUUUGAGUUUUUAGUAUAUAUUUUGAAUUUUUUGUUUCAGCAGCAUUAUAGAAAUGAAGAAAAACCUACGUAAAAAUGACUUUAAAAACUUUGAAAAUUCUUGAUGUACUUCAUUUUUUUCCCAUCAGAAAAAUAAGAACUGAGUUCCCCAAUCCAUUCUGAUAACUAAUGAUUUGUUUUUUAGCACUUAGCUCAAAUUAUUGACCAAGUGAAUGAAUUGCUUAACAGUGUAUAUAGUAUGUGAAAGUUUCAGAACAUGAAUGAUUAUGGGCCAUGCUCUGUACAAAAACAUUAAACCAUUACAGUAGAAAAAUGAGAAAGCAUUAGCCCUACUAUUAAAAUUACUUUUUUUAGAAUCAAUAAGUUGGUUUGUUCCCACUUGUUUCUUAUACAAGGGAGUUUUAGAUCAUUUAAACAGUUUUCAUUCUUUAUUUUAAUAGGUUGUGAGAUUUUUGGUUAAUCCAAAGAAAUAAUGCUUUGAAGUGUGCAAAUUCUAGAUUUAUUAAUGACCUCAGCAGGUAUCCUGCCAUGUAAUUACUAAUAAGCUGACAAAUUCAGGUCUUCCAACUAUGCCCUUGGAUUGAGGCUGGCCAUGUUUACUAAGCAGUUUAUUUUCUCCACAGUGGGAGUAGAUAGAUAAUGUAGGUCCCCUCUUCGUUAGUUGUGGUCCCAUGCCCACCUAAAACCACACAUAGCACACGAUGUGCAACCACUUGACUUCUUACUGAAGCCAGCACUGCUGCACUGCUCAUAUGCAUACUUAGCAUUGGAUCCCUGAGUGGUUUUAUAAACCUGCCCAUCCCACCCCAGCUCCCUUAAUUAAAUAUUCUUAAUUCCCAUCACACAUUCUUAGUUUAUCUUCGUCAUUAAUUAUCUGCUGAAGGUAAUUGAAGAUUUUCAAGGUGUAUUACAGUUGGACCAUGACCUGGAAGUUAACUUUUUUCUCCUAAUCAUUUCUUCCUUGAUAAAGCAAUAACGCUGCUUAAGUCUGUUGCCUAAUAGCAUGUCAUAAUCCUCUCCUGGAUGGUGAUUUUAUAGGAAAGUUUGUAUGCAUAUCACCCAGUCUAUCUUUUAAAAAAUUAAGAAAUUUAAAUGUAUGCUGGAAGUAAUGACAAUAUAUUGUGGCAUUUUAUUUUAAAAAAAAAUUGGGGAAAGUUGCUUAUUUUUUUAAAAGUAGCUGUUUGAGUAAAAAAAAAAUUGAAGGUACUUUUUUAAGGAAAAAAUUUAUAUGCCACAGUUUACAUAGACAUUUCAGAUUUCAACAUGUACUCUUGGAUAUAAUGGCUUCUUUUACUUGGCCAAAUGCAUGUUUUACUUGGUCAGAAUGCAUUUCUUCCAUCUUAGUUUCUUAUGUUUCCUUACAUGGUCCUUUAUAUAUUUUUAUUGUAUCUUAGAAGCAAAAUUAUAUUCAAAAAUAAGUUAAGUUGGGCACAUUUGUCAUAUCAAACUACAGAAUGUAUAAAGUUAAGUUUAGCCCUUUUCUAACAAGCGAUAUUUAAGAACUGAAAAUGCUAAAUGAUGUUAAAUUCACCAAAUUUAUAUGUGGGAAGGCACCAAAAUAAUUUUGUAAGUAACUGCAAUAUUCCCAAUUGAUUGUGGCCUAAAUUUCAUUCUUAAGAAUGAAAUGCAUGUCUGCUCCUGGUCUGAAAAAAGUAGGUAGGCAUUUACUAUGUUUUAAACCAGUGGAACAUGUAUAUGAAAAGAUUUGUGCAAUUGGAAAGCCUGUUAAUUUUUCUGCAUAGACAUACCCACACACAAAAGGGUUAAAUUCACAGCCUUACUAGCUCCUUGCUUCCAGUAUUUCAACUGGUCUCCUCCCCUCAUUAUUAGUACUAUUUUUGCACAUAAACUACCCUUCAAUAUGAUUCUUAAAGAAAAAAGUGCUGUUUCUGUGGUAUUGUAUUCUCUAAAUGAUCAUAUUUAAGUUUUUUAAACAAGGUUGCAGUUUCUAAUUGUUUGGUUCUUGUGUUUUGCUGGUGUGUAAUAAAAGCAAGUUUUUUUUUUUCUUCUUUUCAUGGUUAUUUAAUGCAGUAGUCACUUGUAAAUAAUUCUUGUUACAAUGCUCUGGAAUGUGUUGUAGAAGUUGUAUUAGAUUAGUUUGAAGCCUUGUUUGAAAACCACAUUGUUUUGGUUAUUUCUAUUAAAUUA